CAGCACUCCGGUUUAAGCGAACAGAGACUAAUGCACUCAGGCAUCGUUGUCGCAGCCCUGUUGGGCAUGGUGCUCUGCUGCACUGCUGCGCCCAGUGACCCUACUGUUGUCCCAACCACCGCAUUUCCAACCACACCAACUGUAGCACCUUUAAAAACCUCUACAGGACAAAGUACCGUUGCAGCAACCGCCACCGCUGCUACCAUAAAAGCUGCACGAAAUGCAAAUGGAGUCGGAGGCUACUUUUGGCAUGAGUGGCGCUACUAUGAAGUUUCCUCCGUUCCAGCCCCUUGGUUUUUGGCAAACUACGAAUGCAAACGCAAAGGCAUGGCUUUAGUCAGCUUGGAAACCAGAGAGGAGGACGAUUACAUUCGCCAGCACCUCUUUUCCAACUUUCCUGGUGAACACUUUUGGACAUCUGGCAACGACGUGUACCAAGAGGGCAGUUACUAUUGGGACUCGACCGGCAAUGCGGUGGGACCUUACAGAAAUUGGGCUCCGAACCAACCAGUUGCAGGAACUACCCUCAACUGCAUCGCAUAUGACAGAAACCUUGAUAUUCGCUGGGUUACCUCAAACUGCAACAAUCCGCUCAGAUAUAUUUGUGAGCAGUACUACUAAUUACGUGCUCGUAGUUUAGCAAAACAUAUAUGACAUAGCGCAAGCUUUGCUAUUAUACAAGAAAAUAAAACAUUUUGCUAAGAAA